UUUUAAUUUUACUAGUUAUUAGUUAACUCCGUAGUUAUGUGUUGAUUACGCUGUAUAUAUACAUAGUAAUUGUCCACUGCCAAGGCCCCUCAACCAAAACGGCGCUAACCCUUCCCACCAAAAAUACGCCCCAUCGAUACGGUUCGCCGCUGAGAAAAAAAUUCCCCAAAAGCAUAUCAAUUCCCAACUCUUCCUCCUUGACUCUCCUCCUAUCACUUCUCCCCUCCCCGCAUACCUCCAAUACCUUCUUUUACGCGCCCUCCAGUCUGCCCACAAGAAUGUCGGAACCCAUCAGAAACAAGAAGGUGGAAUUUCCCACAGCUCCCACCCCCCAGAACACGCCAGCCAACAAUGCUCCCAUCUCGUCCCACGCCCAACAACCUGGUGUCGCCAGUAUUAAAGAAGAGGAUCUCGACCGUGCAGCAGCUGCGUCGCUCUUUGCGCAAAACCCGAGACUAGUGUCUAUGAUCCAAGGGAGACUUGGUUCUUUGGUUGGCCGAUCAUCUGGUUAUAUCGAGUCUCUCCCUGCUCCCGUCCGCCGCCGCGUAGCUGGCCUGAAAGGAAUCCAGAAGGAGCAUUCGAAACUCGAGGCAGAGUUCCAACAGAAAGUUCUUGAGCUAGAAAAGGAAUACUUUGCUAAGUUCGAGCCUCUAUACGGUAAACGUGCGACCAUCGUCAACGGACAAUCCGAACCUACUGAAGAUGAAGUGAAGGCUGGAGAAGAGGACGAAGAGGACGGAGAGGAGGAGGAACCCAAGGCAAAAGAUGAACCCAAAUCGGAGGAUGCUGAUGUACCAGUCGCUGCUGGUAUCCCUGAGUUCUGGCUCUCUGCCAUGAAGAACCAUAUCUCUCUUUCUGAAAUGAUCACCGAGAGAGAUGAGGAGGCAUUAAAGCAACUGACCGACAUUCGCAUGGAAUAUCUCGAACGUCCUGGUUUCCGUCUGAUUUUCGAGUUUUCCGAAAACCAGUUCUUUACCAACAAAACUAUCUCGAAGACCUAUUACUACCAGGAAGAAAGUGGUUACGGUGGCGAUUUCAUCUACGAUCAUGCCGAGGGCGACGAGAUUGAAUGGAAAGAAGGCAAAGAUCUCACCGUCCGAUAUGAGAGCAAAAAGCAACGAAAUAAGAGCACCAAGCAGACCCGCGUGGUGAAGGUUAAGGUACCCACGGAUUCGUUUUUCAAUUUCUUCUCCCCACCAAAACCACCUGCCAACGGCGAGGACGACGCGGAAUCCGACAUUGAAGAGCGACUGGAGUUGGACUAUACCCUUGGUGAAGACAUCAAAGAGAAACUCAUUCCCCGGGCUGUCGAUUGGUUCACCGGAGAAGCCCUUCAAUUUGAGGAGUACGACGAGGAGAUGGACAUGGAUGACUUCGAUGACGACGAUGAGGAUGAUGACGACGAUGACGACGAUGAUGAUCGAAGAUCGGACGGGGAUUUGGAUGAUGAAAGCGAUGAGGAGGACGACGGAACGAAGCCUAAAAAGGAGGCUGCCGAAUGCAAGCAGAGUUAGACAAGGGCCUUUAUUAUAUUUACAAAAGUAGUCUAGUUGUUGUUCCUGGGAGUCCCGUUUUCCCCUUUCCCCUAUUUUUUUUAAAUCCAUUUUAAACCAUUCGCAUUGCCUACCUGUUUCCAUUGCCUCUUCUUUUAUUCGCUUUUUCGCCUAUGCUACCUAAUUUGACAUACUCAUGUGAAAAUUUCCCAGUUUGAGUUCUUUUUAUCUUCCUAUUACUUAUGCGUUAAGAUUGAGCCUAAUAAUACACAUAAUAUGGACCUUGCGUCCUUCCUCCAUUUCUUCCCUCCCUUCCCUUCUCAUCCAAAACUCCGUUCCCCCUUGCUAUGUUCUCUGCUCUCUAUCUUCAAAGGGAUAUACACCCUCACACAACCAAAACAAAAGCUAUCUGCACCGUCAUUUUACCUUGGUCCUUGUGGUUGGGAUUUCGUGCAUUCAUGACAGCAAGAGAUACUCCAUACCCAGACACGCACGUUAUCUGCACUGUAUCUUUGUAUUUCCGGACGCGGCAGCCUAAGAAACGGGUAAAAUAGUUUUUAGCCACCAAUGCUGGGCCUGUUGCAAUACCCGUUGGACCAUCGUUUUCUAUAUUCUAGAAGGAGAAGUGUGUUAUAAAUCGAAUCCAACAAAAGUCAUUGUUUUAAUUGUUUUACCCUGUCGCCCCCCCACCCCACCUCUGCUCUUUGCUUUACUCUGGCGCAUUGUUUUUUAAACAACAAAAUAAGCAAAGAAAAUUGUAGUACCACGGACAUGACAUUCUGAUGAGGAAUUUUCGCCACGAUUUUUUUUUAGAGGAUGUACACGCACAUCUUCUAACAUGAUGAAUGAUAGAGGUGCAAAUAUAAAGAAGCGUGUACAGAGUACAUACAUGUAUAUGAUAAAACAAGAAAAAGAACAGAACAAACUUGGAAUAAAAAUCUAAAACACCAUCCGAUAUUCUUGAAACAACGAUCGCC